AUGAUCGGAAUAACCAUUAUCACUGGCUUCCUGGGGGCGGGCAAAACCACCCUGCUGAAGAACCUCCUGAAGCAAAGUCGCCGAAAUGGAAAAAAAAUUGCAAUAAUUCAUAACGAGUUCACCGAGAAUAAUAACAACAUCGACAAAAUUGUGUUCAAGGAUAUAAACGAUAUUUAUAAUUUUCCGAAGGAAGAGGGGGGGGCAGGGAGCCAGGUGAAGAAGGACACAAACAACAGCGCGAUGAACGAAUGGCAGAACGAAGCACAGAAUGACGAAGACGACAUAACCAUUGUGAAACGAAUCGAAAAGGAAGAGGGCUACAUCUACGAACUGAACAACGGCUGCCUCUGCUGCUCCAACAAAAGCAACUUUGUAAAGUUAAUAGAAAAUAUCCUUGCCAUGAAAAGUUCCUACGAUUACAUCUUUGUAGAAGUGGCAGGAGUCUAUGACAACAUACAGCUGAACAAUCUGCUGUGGCUAGAUGAACUGAACAAGUCCCAAAUUUACCUCGAUAGUAUUGUCUACCUUUUGGAUGCCUACAACUUUGUGAAUUCCUUCCAGGGGGGGGAUUUAUUCCACGGUCAUGGCGCCCUCUCGGCAGCUGCGUCUCAGUUUGCUUCCACGAAGAUAGAAAAAGAAGACAAUCUGCCAUGUAAGGAACCAGCAGAGAGGAAGAAAGAGGGAAAUGAUAACCUACCCACCGAGGACACCCACCCCGCAAACGAACAACUAAUCGUGUGUGACGUUGUAAUUAUAAAUAAGGUAGACAAAAUUAGUGAACAGGAAAAGGAAAAAAUAAAAACCUUCGUUAGUAACAUGAAUCCAUUAAGUCACAUCUACCUGACCAGUUAUGCUACCCUCCCGAUGGAACAACUAACAGAACUCAAAUGUUACGAAAAAAAAAAUAUAAAAGAUAUAUUAGCAAAUUCGAUGGGAAGUCACCCCGCUGAUCGAAAGGACGUAUUCCAUUACAACGAUUUUGUUAAUUGUUCACUGCAGUAUGAACAUAGCAUUCCCUAUCUAGUUCAUCUAAGUGAACAGCUAAACGGAAUGAAAAGUGAAUUCGUCCAAAAUAGAAGUAAGAAUACACUGAGGCAGAUCUUUUCUUUAAAAAAAAAAAACAUUUUUUCUUUCACAAAAAUUAACGAAACUUUAGUUUCCCUUCUGUGGAGUAAAAAUUUAGAAAUUUAUCGAGGCAAGGGUGUUUUUGUCGCCUUCAACGAUGAUAUAUAUAGCGGUAAAAGUAAGCUAAAGCUAAACAUGUACUACUACCAAAGUGUUGGUGAUUUGUGCGAAAUCGAUUUGGUCAUGAGCGACCUUCACACGUUUUUUCCGUCUGCCUUGGGGGGGGAACAAACAAAACUGGAAAAUGUGACUGCGUUGACUGAUAAGGGGAAUGAAAAUCCCAUCGAACAUAUAAACCGUGAGGAUGACGUGUCCGACAUUGAAAACUACCUUUCGGACUCCUCCUCCGGAAGUGACAAUCGUGGAAAUCGCGGUGGAGGCGAUUACAACGUGAAGAACAUUUUAACCGGGGGGGACGUCUUCUCCUCCUCCUUCCUCUUCAUAGGGAAACAUAUCGACGUGGAGGGGGUCAAACGAAAAUUAAGUAACUGCAUGUGUGACUAA